CAAGUGCUUUCUUUUUUGAAAAUCAUCGUACGAUUGCGUUCAAUAAGCAAUAAUUCUUAUCAUUUGGAAUUUGGACACUUUUUUGCGAAUAGAAAUUUCUAGUUCAAAUUUUUUUAUCACUUACGUGCAUUAAUCACAUCACGCGGUUAACAGCUUAUGGGGCAAAAUAAACUACUUAAAGUGUGAUAAGAAAAACUGUAUAAAAACAAGCUUAAUGCUUACCAAAAGCAUCCAUUCAUACAAUAGUCGUCAAACACAAACUAAUAAAGUAAAAAUGAGUUUUAAAGUCUUCAUUUUAAUAUCCUUUUUAUCAAUCAAUAUCCACUCAAUUCUUGGACAGCAAGGGAAGGUUAGAUGCUUGUUUCAAGACAGCAUAGAACACGGCUACACGUGUGUUUUAGAAUUAAUGAAAAGUGAUAGUGUCAAUGACGAUGUUGAAGGAGUUCAUUUGCCUGGAAAGACUGACGAAGAUGUGAGGAGAGUGGAAGGCAACUGGCAAGAUCUAGUCAACAUUCCACCUUUAAUUUGCAAUGUAUACAUCAACACAGAGGAUAUCGACCUUAACAGCUGCUUAAUUGAGAGAGUAACUGAAAGUUCCUUCAAAGGAUGCAAGAAAUUGAAGUCCCUAAAACUCGAGAGGAACCACAUCACACAAAUUGAUGAAAACUCAUUCUUAGAGAAUCCAGAGCUAGAAAAUAUUGAGCUGUGGUCGAAUCAAUUGACAACCUUACCUGGAAAUUUAUUUAUCAACCAAAAAAAGUUGCAAAACUUAGCUAUUGACAGCAAUAGAAUUGUCAACUUACCCAACAACAUAUUCAAAUCUCUGAGAAGCCUGAAGACGAUCAACUUAAGUGAAAAUAGAAUUCCGGCACUUAAUCAUGCAUGGUUCGAGACACUUGAUAAUUUGGAGAAUCUCUAUCUUCAUUUCAAUCAAAUUGAAGACCUUCCAGUAGGAAUCUUCACGCACAUGAGCAAAUUGACACAAUUCUCCAUCUACUCCAACAGACUUAGGGUCAUCCACUCACAUUCCUUUGGUCUUCAUCCUACUCUGCAAUUUGCUUGGCUCCAGAUGAAUCAAAUUGAAGCCAUCGAUGAGAAAUUCAUCCUUAAUACAAGUGUCAGUGAGAUUAGUAUGAAUUUCAAUGUGUGUGCUCAUGGGUCGAUUGUGGACAAUUCAUUUUCGAGGGUUAUCAUGAGGAUUGCGUUGAGGACAUGCUUCGAGAAUUAUGAAAAGUUGAUGGCUGGUCCUCUGACGAAGCUGUUGAUAGAUCGUGAUUUAUCUUCAAAAGUUAAUGUUUAAGUUGAUUAUUUUUGAGUAAUUUGUUGAUAAGGUUAUCAGCUUCAUAAGUAAAGUAUUGCUAUAGAAAUAAGGGCAACUAUUUAUUGAUCGUGUUAACAGCCAUUAUAAUUAGACACUUAGUAGACUAUGCUUCUUUUUUACUCAAGACUCUGGGGUAGAUUGCUCGAUAUACAUCUAAACCUACCUUUGAUUAUACUUCAUAGUAUAUAACUGUGGAGGUGGAGUAAUACAUCGAAAAACGCACGU